AUGGAUAUCCUGGAUGAUCCUCUCGACGAGGAUGAACACUGUGUCGAGUUCAAUGAGAUCGGCUGUGGACUCUCGGCAACAUGCGCAUUGGUCUGGAAGAGGCCGACAAACACCAUGCAAACCGUGAGGGGAGAAGGCAGGCUGGAUAGGGUGCUGGAAUCGGUGGAAGAAGAACCUGCCCCACAGUGGACAGUGGUGGACUCCAGUCAUUCAUACACCCCUGAAUCUGGAAGUGACCACCCGGCCAGUUCCUCUACUCCGACUCCCAAGUCCGUCACCGAGAGCCCGGAAGAAUAUUCCAGCCCAGUCACUGCACCCAGCAUGCAGACCACACCGGACAUGCACAAAGAGAUUUAUAAACAAAAUACCAACAAACUCUCACAGGACCAGACACCCCCUACGAUCGAACACACUCCCGAAACCAUGGACGACGGUUCCGCAAAGUCUCUGACGAGAAAGAGAAGUCGCGAGCAGCUUGAGGACGGUUCCAAGAAAGCGGAUACGACAAACGACUCAGCACCAACCCCUAUUGGUCUUGCCGACGCCAAGCUCACUUCCGAUGGAGAGCCCGAGAAGAAGAAACAUCGUGAUGAUUCCCAAGAACGGGAUAUCAAGACCGAUAAUGGAUUCGCUGCAAGCGCUUUUGGGAAGGCAGCCGCGUCUCCAUUUGCUUCGCUAAACAAUAUCAAAGAUUCAACGAAAGAUUCUCAAAAGCCGGCUUCUGCCUCUGCAUUUGCUUCGUCCAGUUUGGCCGCAUUUGCAGGCUCCGAGAGUUCUCCGUUUGGUACUCUAGCCGGCUCAACUCCCUCUGUCUUCAAAUCUGCUGCCUCUAGUACAAACAGCUUUACAGGCCCCUCUGGGGCUUCCAGCUUCGGUGCCCUGGGAAAUGGUUUUACUGGUGUUGGUGGUGGAUUCGGUGCUGCUGCUCAAGCAGGUGGCCUGACCAGCUUUGCAUCGAACAAUGCCACUGUCACUCUUGGUGAAACCAAGGCUAAGCCUCUUGGUGCCGAAGAUUCCGAUGGUGACGAAAGUGGCAGCAACGAUGAAGACACCACAAACACAUUCGAGGCGUCUAAGACUGAUGAGCGUUUCUACGCACAGAACAUUGAAACUGGCGAAGAAGAGGAAGAGACCGUCUUCUCCUGUAAGGCAAAGCUGUUUCAUUUUUCAAACAAGGAAUGGAAAGAGCGUGGAAUUGGUACUUUCAAAGUCAAUGUUCGCCAGGGUGCCGAUGGCAAGCAAACUGGCCGCAUGCUCAUGCGAGCCGAUGGUGCCAUGCGUGUGAUUCUGAACGGCCCGAUUUUUAAAGGCAUGAACUAUGGAGAUGCGAAGAAUCAGGCGCCAACCAACAAGCAAAUUCUUCUGGCCAGCGUGGAAGAAGGUCGCACUGUUCCUCUGUUGUUGCGUACUGGGAACGAGUCAUAUGCGAGGGAUCUUUACGACAUUAUCCAUGAUCUACUCAAGGACUCAGAUGCAUAA